CAACACUGUAUUAAUAAUCAGCGAGAGUGGAAAAAUAGAAGUUAGGGUUUUUAUCCCUUUCGUAGAAACUGAGCUGUCUUUAUUGUCCCUACCUGAUUAAAAAGGCUUCUGGGUUAUCAGUUUUGGAUCUUCGGUUCUUAAAAAAGUGUCGGCACUGUGAGAGUUGGUAAUGGCUCUGAUAAAUUGGGAGAUCUGCGAGUGAGAGUUGGAACCUAAAGGUUUCCAUUUCGUUUUUCUUCUCUUCUAUAUUUCAGAAUGGCUGUGGAUCCGAAACAGAUUUUGGGCGCUUUCCUUACUUUUUCUAUGUUUGCAAUGCUUGCGAACAUGAUCAAGGAAGAUCAUUUUACUCCGACUAAUGUAAGUGUGAAACUUCCAGGACCACCAGAAAUUCAAUAUGAUAAAAUCAGGAUAACAGAGCCAAAACGUGUAACAAAUCCUAAGAAGAAUACGGGACCAUGGGUAGAAGAUGGCGUAGAGCUGAAAUCAUGCUGGACAAGGCCAGCACCAAAAGAGGCAGAGAGCUCUGGUUUUGUUACAUUCUCAUUGAUGCAUGGUCCGGAGUACCACAUCUCACAGAUUGCUGAUGCAGUGGUGGUUGCAAGAUAUCUAGGGGCAACACUCGUGCUCCCUGACAUCAGGGGAAGCCAACCAGGUGACAAGAGGAACUUUGAUGAAGUUUACAAUGUUGAGAAGUUUGUUAAAAGCUUGGAUGGUGUGAUAAAAGUAACAAAAGAUCAACCUGCUGAAGUAGCUGCAGGAAAGCUUGCAGUUGUGAAGGUCCCAAACAGGGUUACUGAAGACCAUAUUGCUGAACACAUUGAACCAGUAUUUAGAAUGAAAAGAAACAUAAGGCUUGUGACUUACUUCCCUUCUGUAAACAUGAGAAAGGCAGAGGGGAAGAAGGGUCUGGACUCUGUUGCAUGUUUGGCCAUGUUCGGUACACUCCAAUUGGAAUCAGAGCUCCAAGAAGUGGUUGACUUGAUGGUUGAGAGACUAAGAACUUCCAGUCGAAAGUCAGGUGGUAAGUUCAUUGCUGUGGACUUGAGGGUUGAUAUAUUGGAAAAGAAGGCUUGCCAAGGAAGAACAGACAGUGGAAGGAAAAGCUGUUACGAUGCGCAAGAGAUUGCAGUAUUUUUGAGGGAAAUUGGCUUUCAGAAGGACACUACAAUCUAUUUGACACAGUCCAAGUGGCAUGAUAGUCUUGAUGCUCUGAAGGAAUUCUUCCCAAAAACUUAUACAAAGGACAGUAUAAUACCGGGGGAUCAGAAGCAUAAAUUUCUCGAUUCUGGAGCUUUUGAAGUUGAGAAGGUCCUUGACUUCUAUAUCUGUUCUGAGAGUGAUGUUUUUGUGCCUGCCAUCUCCGGGCUGUUCUAUGCCAAUGUUGCUGGGAAGAGAAUUGCUUCUGGUAGGACGCAGAUACUUGUUCCGUCUGAAGUAUCCAGCUCUUCUGCUUCUGCUGCUGACUUUAUUUCCUCCUAUGUUUCCAAGAAGAACCACCUUGCACACUCGUGUUUCUGCUAAGGUUGCGUAAGUAUCAACCUGAAGAAAGUUUUGAAUACUUCCUUUCCCCUUAUAGCUCUUCAAUCCUCUGAAAAUAGGCUAUGUUGCAGUUUCUCUGUUCUGCUGUAGCCUGAUUUGGUUCUUUUUCCGAGUAGAUGUGAUUGGGUGUUUGUGCUAUCUUUCUUUAAUUGUUAGCCAAACCCAAACGCAGUAUUCAUGUGAAGAAAGUUAAAAUGUGCCAUUGUUCUUAUCUUUAUACAUUCAUUAUACAAAUCUUUGCACAUGUGUA